AUGGUCUCAAACUCCAAGCUGGGAAAGAAUAGAAUACUAGAAGUCUUGGAUCAUUUUUUGGAUUAUCCUCAAAAAAUGGAACUGCGUAAUGCAAUUGAACUCGGUGAGGAGAAAUGGGAUUGUUUGUUACGUUCAAGAUGUAGUAAUCUUGUCAACAUUCGAAGCCACUGGGACAACGAUACCCUUUUACAUGUGGCUGCCUCAUAUGGAAUUCCAGAAAUAGCAAAGAUUAUGCUGGAAGCUGGUGCUAAUUUCAAUCUUCAAAAUAACAGUGGUGACACCCCCCUCCACACGGCUACUCGGAGGAGUUGGGGAGAGAAGAGUAAAGUAGCAGAGAUUAUUUUACAUGCCGGAGCAGAUCAUGGCUUAAAAAACUCAGUGGGAGAAACACCCUUGCAUUGCGCAGCAGACUUUGGAAAUUUUUUACUCGUGAAGAAACUGCUGGCAAAUGGGGCCAGUACUUGCGUUCAAAAUCAAGAAGGACGAACUCCUUUGCACAAAGCUCUGCAAAAUAAACACGAUUCUGUAGCACUUAUCCUAGUGGACACAGACGCAGUGAGCAACAUACAAGAUCAAGAUGGAAAAACUCCCUUGCACUAUGCCGCAUCAGAAGGAUUUGAAAAAGUUGUCAGGAAAUUGUUAGAUUCUGGUGCCAGUGCCCGUAUUCAAGAUCUAUUUGACGGAACGCCUCUACAUAUUGCUCUCAAAUGCAGGCACGAUUCUGUAGCAGUAAUCAUCAUAAAUGCAGACACUGAGAACAACAUACAAAAUGCAGAAGGGCAAACUCCUUUAAAUUGUGCAGCUGCCACAGGAAAUAUACUAUCUGUGAAGGAACUGCUGACAAAUGGGGCAAGUACUUGUCUUCUUGAUCGAUGGGGUCGAACUCCUCUUCACAAUGCUCUAAAAAGCAAACACGAUUCUGUAGCACUCGCCAUUAUGAACACAUACACUGACAACAACAUACAAGAUGAAGAUGGCAAAACUCCAUUGCACUAUGCUGCAGAAUGGGGAUUUGAAGAAGUUGUGAAGAAGUUGUUGGCUUCUGGAGCCAGUACCCGUCUUCAAGAUAAAAAUUUUGACACGCCUCUCCACCUCGCUCUUGAUGGAGGUUAUGAUUCCACAGCAUUGCUUAUCCUGGACACUGACAACGAAAGCAACAUACAAAGUGAAGAUGGUAGAACUCCCUUGCACCUUGCAGCAAUUAUGGGAUGUGAAGAAGUAGCAAGGUCGUUGUUGGCUUUUGGUGCCAAUACUCGUAUUCAAGAUCAAUAUGGCCAUACACCUCUACACUCGGCUCUCUUAAGCAAGCAGGGCUCUGUAGCGCAAGUCAUCGUGAACACAGAUGCAGAAAAUGACAUACAAGAUGAAUGUGGUGAAACUCCUUUACACUGUGCUGCAUAUUAUGGAUUUGAAGAAGUUGUGAGAAAAUUGUUGGCUUCUGGUGCUUGUACUCGUCUUCAAACUCGAAGUGGCUUAACGCCUGUUCAUCUGGCUCUAGAUAAUGGUCAUGAAUCUAUAGCACUGCUCAUCUUGAACACAGACGGAAAUAACAACAUACAAGAUGAAGAAGGGAAAACUCCCUUACAUUAUGCAGCAUUAAAGGGAUUCGAAACAGUUGUCCGGAAAUUGUUGGAUUUUGGUGCCAGUACCCGUGUUCUGGAUGAAUUUGGCCAAACUCCUCUACACAUUGCACUGGCUAAUGAACACAAUUCUGUAGCACUAGCCAUAUUGAGCAUAGAUGGAGAAAAUGACAUACAAGAUGUAUCUGGUAAUACUCCUCUUCACUUUGCAGCAUUCAGUGGGUUCGAAGAAGUUGUCAGGAAAUUGUUGGCUAUCGGUGCCAGAACUUGUGUUCAGGAUUCUUUUAACCAGACUCCUCUGCAUAACGCUUUGUACAGCAAACAUGAUUCUGUAGCACUGAUAAUCUUGAACGUGAGUGGACAAAACAACAUACAAGACGAAGAUGGGAAAACACCCUUGCACUAUGCAGCUUUAAGUGGAUUUGAAAACGUUGCAAGGAUAUUGUUGGAUCUUGGCGCCAGUACCCGUGUUCAGGAUGGACGUGGCCAGACUCCUCUACAUAUCGCUCUAGAAAACAAACACGAGUCUGUAGCACUUCUCAUCACAGAUGCAGACGCUGAAAACAGUAUUCAAGAUAAAAAAGGUAAUACACCUUUGCAUUUUGCCACCGAAUUCAUUGCUAUCACCAAGAAGCUGUUGUAUAGUGGUGUGAAUCCUCACAUCUUGAACAAUGAUGGCUGCGACUCAGCAUCUGCAGCGUAUCGCAGGGGUAAAGUGGGUUUGUUAAACUAUACCAGAGAUCCAAAAUCGUACAGCAUGCAUCUGAGGUAUUUGUCAGCGGUUCUUCUUCUCCUGAAUCCAUUGAGACUGCUGAGAUCAUGA